GUUAUUCACCACAAACUAUAGUUAAAUUUACAAAAAUUUUUCAUAAAUUAGUAAUAAAUACUUUAACAAAUAAUGAUGAAACUAUAGGAGGUAAUAGAGUAAUAGUUGAGAUUGAUGAGAGUAAAUUUAAAAAAGACAAAGAUUUUUGGGUCGUAGAAGGAACUUGGUAA